CUUCUUCUAUGAUUCUUGUCUAUGAAAAUUGUAAACAGUCAUGCGGCUUUAGGUUAUAAAAACCUAAAUUAAAAUAAUUUAAAAGGUUUUACUUUCAGAAUACACUUCAAACAUGGUGAAGAAAAAAAUAGAUAACCGUAUAAGGGUUAUGAUAGAAAAUGGGGUGAAGCUAGGCCACCGAACUAUGUUUCUUCUGGUAGGAGACAAAAGCAGGGACCAAGUACCUAUUUUAUAUGACAUGCUUGUAAAGUCAACAGUAAAAGCAAGGCCUACAGUGCUAUGGUGCUACAAGAAUAAAGAUGAAGCUAUCAGCAAUCAUGGACGUAAAAGAGCAAAGAAGAUAGCAGCUGGUAAACUUGAAGUGUCAGAGGAAUCUCUGUUUGACUCAUUCAGGGUAGCUACAACUAUACAUGGACGAUACUACUCUGAGAGCCAUGCUAUGCUUGGACAGACUUAUGGUGUGUGUGUUUUACAAGACUUUGAAGCCCUAACACCAAACUUGAUGGCUCGCACAAUAGAAACAGUGGAAGGAGGUGGCCUUAUUAUAUUCCUGCUCAAAACUAUGGACUCUCUGAGACAAUUGCACUCUAUCACUAUGGAUGUACAUUCAAGAUUCAAAACAGAAGCAUAUGACACAGUAGUGAAUCGUUUCAACGAGCGCUUUCUAUUAUCGCUAGCUGAUAACCCGAGAUGUCUUGUUCUGGAUGACUCGCUGACAGUUCUUCCUAUAUCCUCGAAAACUGCUCAAAUUGAACCUGUUGAUGCUGUUCCAGAGCGAGUAAAUCCAAAACUGACAGAACUAGUGUCAUCCCUGUCUGACACACCGCCCGCUGGUCCUUUAGUGGCUCUAUGUCGCACGUACGAACAGGCGACAGCGCUAGUUGCUCUCAUCAAUACAUUGGCUGACAAACAAUCCAGGCCACCUCACUGCCUCACAGCUGCUCGAGGCCGAGGCAAGUCAGCCUGUCUAGGCCUAGCCGUAGCCGCCGCCGUAGCUUUGGGCUACGUUAACAUAUACGUCACUUCCCCACAUCCUGAGAACUUGAUAACUUUAUUCGAGUUUGUGCUGAGGGGACUAGAUGCCUGCCUAUAUCAAGAGCAUAUAGACUAUAAUAUUGUAAGGUCCACUAACCCAGACUUUAAGAAAGCUAUCGUGAGGAUAAAUAUUGCUAGGAAUUCGAGGCAGACUGUCCAGUACAUAACCCCGGACGACCACUCUUUGCUGUCUGUGGCGGAUCUGGUACUAGUGGACGAAGCGGCGGCCAUUCCGCUGGUACACGUGGCCGCGGCGGCUGCCAAAGCGCCCCUCGGCUUCCUCUCCUCCACGGUGUCGGGGUAUGAGGGAACGGGACGGGCUCUGUCCUUGAAGCUCUUCGCUCAAUUGCAGACCGAGAACAACGCUCCACCACCGAUUAAAUUAGAAGAACCAAUCCGUUAUAGAGCGGGAGAUCCCAUAGAGAGUUGGCUCAACUCUUUCCUGUGCCUCGAGGCACCAGCUCCGUCAUUAGGAGUGGGGUCCCCUCCACCGGCGUCCUGUGAACUGUUGAGGGUUAACCGCGAUGCCCUGUUUUGCUACCAUCGCGCCGCGGAGGCGUUUCUACAUCGCCUCGUCGCUAUAUACGUCGCCAGUCAUUAUAAGAACAGUCCCAACGACAUUCAACUGUUAGCGGACGCGCCCGCACACUGUCUGUUCGUCUUGCUCGCACCCACGCCGCCCAAAUCCACGAAUAUGCCGGAAAUCCUGUGCGUCAUACAACUCUGCCUCGAAGGAAACUUAUCAGACAGAUCUGUAAAAGACAGUCUAGGCAGAGGUAGAAAAGCAGCUGGUGACUUGAUACCCUGGAACAUCUGUGAGCAGUAUGGCGAUAAGGACUUCCCAAAAUUAUCUGGAGCCAGAGUCGUUAGGAUAGCUACACAUCCUUCAUAUCAGAGGAUGGGGUACGGUAAGCGCGCGUUACAACAGCUAGCGGCUUACUAUUCCGGAGACAUCCCCUGCCUCGACGACGCAGCUAGCGAUGAUGAUGACGCGCAGACUGACACCAAAGCUGCGUCGCUGCACACUGAAACUAUCGUUCCAAGAGCUAAACCGCCAACUUUGCUUAAACGGCUCACUGAAAUGAAACCAGAACAUUUGGACUAUUUGGGAACUAGUUUCGGACUCACUGAGGAACUCCUCAAAUUUUGGAAAUCGCAGAAAUACAUGCCAGUUUAUCUUAGCCAAAAAGCGAACGAACUAACGGGCGAACAUUCCUGCAUAAUGCUGAGAUCGCUCCAAGACUCCACAUGGCUCGCAGCGUACAAUGCGGAUUUUAGACAACGGUUCUCGAGGCUUUUGGGGAGAGCGUUUAGGAAACUACCCGCGUCUCUGGCUCUGUCCACUUUGCUAAACGAUAGCGUGAAGAUUAAUAAGCCAGAACUAACUAAACAAAUAAUAGAACAAUACUUGUCUGGCCACGACCAGUCCCGGAUAGAGUCGUACUGCAGGCAGCAGGCGGACUAUCGACUCAUCACUGACUUGUUGGCGCCGCUGGCGAAUAUCAUAUUCCAUACUAAAGUCAAGCUAAAACUUGACGCUAUACAACAGGUUCUCUUUGUAGCAAUGGGUUUCCAAAUGAAAGACGUAGAUGACAUAGCGAGCGAACUAGGCCUCCCCGCCUCACAGAUCCUAGCCAAGUUCUACGAAGCUUGCAAAAAGAUAAAUGCAGCACUAAACUCCAUUCUGGAAGUAACCGUGGCUAAAGAAAUGGGCAUAGAAGAUAAAGUAUCAGACGCUACAACUCAGGAGCCAAUGAAACAGAGUCUCCACGAAGAAUUGACGAAGGCUGCCAAGGACCUUGAACGCAAGCAACGCAAAGAGCUGUCUCGUUUGAUGGGAGAAGACCUCGCGCAAUACCGGAUCAAGGGAAGCGACCUCGACUGGGGACAAGCACUUAACACCUCUACGCAGAAACACAUCGUCUCUGUUAAGAGUGGUGAAAAGCGUUUGGGAGAAGACAGCAAAGAGAUCGACGAACUGAUAGAAGCGCACUCCAACACAAAAAAGAAAAAGAAGAAGCAUGUCAGAAAUCAAUAAACAUGCUAUAAAGUCCACUGUAAACGGUGUUUUAUUCAAGUAACCA